UGGCGCGGAAAUGUCAACAAAACCCAGGCAGCGGUAGUUCAAUGUAGAAGAAGAGGUGAAGUGGCUCCCAGUGCGUUAAAUUAGAGUUAAAUUAUGCCACUUAACUCUAUGUGUCAGCUGUGAAGCCUUUAGACAUCCUUUCUCCAGUACAGUUCUACCGUCGAGCCAAGAUUGGAGUCAUAUGUGGAGAUGGACAUCAUGUCAAGCUAAUGUCAAAUUAUGCUGUUAGCAGGUUAGCCUAUAGCUGUUACGCACUUUCUCUUUUUUGAACCAAAGACACUUGAUCAUCGACGAAUGGGCGUAUGGUGUGUUUCAAGACCUCGUCAUACCGACUGAUGAAGAUCUCGAGUGGGGCUAUUUAGCGGAUGACCACUUUCAGUCAAAGGUCUACUUCUGGGAAUGUAGGCAUUGUUGUCAUUUGGUGAUGAAGAGGACAUGGACCCAUCAUCAUUAUCAACUAGGUCAUAUCAUAUGUGAAGUAAAGACAGAAUCUGUCUGUCUCUAUUAGACAUUAUUACCUGCUAUACAGAAGCAUUUUAAAUAGACAUGGACGAGCAGGCAAGAGACGUGCCCGGGCUUGCCCCGACCUCGACUGCUGCUGCUGCCGCUGAGAAGGGGCUCGUGUCGAGGAUGGGACUCAACGACAACAAAGCAGGGAUGGAGGGACUUGACAGGGAGAAAAUCAACAAGAUCAUCCUUGAAACUUCGAAGGGCUCCAAGUUCUAUGAGAGUGAGCUGAAAAAGGAGCGGCAGAUGAACCAGCGCAUUGAGAAGAUGAUGGAGGAAAAAGCAAGGAUUACUGAUCAGCAUCUGUUGAAGGCACAAGCUCAGGUGGACAAGAUGAGGUCUGAGCUAGAGAGAAGACGCAACCUCAACCGUGUGAUCGUCCAUGUGGACAUGGAUGCCUUCUACGCGGCGGUGGAGAUGAGGGACUGUCCGGAGCUGAAGGACAAGCCCAUGGCUGUGGGAUCCAUGAGCAUGCUGUCCACCUCCAACUACCAUGCCAGAAGGUUUGGGGUGCGGGCCGCCAUGCCAGGCUUCAUCGCCAAGAAGCUCUGUCCACACCUGGUCAUCAUGCCCACCAACUUUGACAAGUAUCGAGCUGUCAGCGCACAGGUGCGUGAGGUGUUUGCAGACUACGACCCAAACUUUCUGCCCUUGAGUUUGGAUGAGGCUUACCUGGACAUAACAGAUCACCUGGAGCAGAGACUCUGCUGGCCAGAGAGCAGGAUGACCCACUACACCAGCUCCAGCAAGACUGAAGGUGGCAAGGAUGAGGCGCUGGUGUCCCCAACUCCCUCAGAGGUGGCCGAGUUGUCUCCUGUCCUGUUCGAUGACAGUCCUAUUGAGCUGGGGAAGUCCCCGGAGCAGCCCGGUGGCACUGCAGUGGUGUUUGGGAUCUGUGCUGAGGAGGCCGUGAGAGAGAUGCGCUUCCGCAUUGAACAGAAGACCUCACUAACCGCCAGUGCAGGCAUUGCUCCCAACACCAUGUUAGCUAAAGUCUGCAGUGACAAGAACAAACCCAAUGGCCAGUACAGGAUCCCUGCGGAGAGCCAAGCCGUGAUGGACUUCAUCCAGGAUCUCCCAGUCCGCAAGGUGCCAGGAAUUGGCAAAGUGACAGAGAAGCUGCUGGGUGCCCUGGACGUCCGCACCUGUUCCCACCUGGCCCACCAGAUGGCGCUGCUCUCCCUGCUAUUCUCCGAGACGUCCUGGCACCACUUCCUGGAGAUCUCUCUGGGGCUGGGCUCCACACACCUCGAAAGGGAUGGCGAGAGAAAAAGCAUGAGCACUGAAAGGACCUUCAAUGAGAUGAGUGAUGUGGAGGAGCAGAUGACUCUGUGUCGUGAGCUGUGUGAAGAUCUGGCUAAGGACCUGGCAAAGGAGGGCCUCAAGGGCAAGACAGUGACCCUGAAGCUGAAGAACGUGAUCUUCGAGGUGAAGACGCGGGCCUACACGCUGCAGUGUGCCGUCUCCAGCGCUGACGAGCUGUUCGCUGCCGCUAAGGACCUGCUCAGGGUGGAGGUGGACACUGUCAAGCCAGAGCCCCUCAGGCUGAGGCUUAUGGGUGUGCGCGUUUCUGGCUUUGUUGGGGCAGACGACAAGCGCGCCCAGCAGAAAAGCAUCAUGGGAUUCCUGCAGUCAGGAGGAAAAGGAAGUGGAACAGGAGGAACAGGAACGGGAACAGGAAGUGACAGCAUCAAAGCCGGCGAGCCAAAACCCAAAGCCCCAAAAACCGCUGCGGACACUUCCGCCACUACUACCACGACUUCCAUCACCACCACCAUGACCACAACCGAGGCUCCCCCUCUAGCGCCUGCUCCUCCAGCACCACCAGAGCCGUCUCAGGCCCUCACCUGGGCCAGAGCCAGGCCUGCCGCUGCUGCUACUGCUGCUGCGAACGGCAGCCACCCACAGCCUCAGCAGUCCUUCUUCCAGCGGGCCAAGGCCCAGAGGCUCCACCUGCAGACAAACCAAGGCACUGCAGCGGCAUCGGGGUUAGCAGAGUCGGUGCCGGUGACAUUGGCAGAUAGCCACAGACAUGACAACAACGACGAUGACAACAACCAUGACGCGGUGGCAUCGCUCUGCGGGUUAGGACACUUAGAAACGGACACUGUCCAGUCCAGUCGCACAACUACAAAGGCCGAAUGUGACGACGCCUGUGUAAACGUCAACGUCACAUCAUCGUCUUCAACCACGGCAGCUUCGAGUAUGUCCACCGCGACUGGACGUUCCUCUGCGUGGGCCAGUGACCUCAUCGUGUCGGACUCUCCGCCUUGCACGUCGGCGUCAGUGGCCGCGUUCGUCCGCCCCAUCCCCACCCCCACCCCCGCCUUCGCCCCACCACCACCACCCACCUCCAUCCAGAGCCUCACCUGCCCGGUGUGCUUUCGAACCAUGCACACCACGGACCUGGAAGUCUUUAACCAGCACAUCGACGCCUGUCUGAGCAGCAGCCCCGCUAGCCAGCCUGAGGACCAUGUCAUGACGAGCGUGGUGGAGGACCAUCCCAACGAAGAGAGUCGAGUUCGGGCAGCAACACAUCCGCAAUGUCCCUCACAGCCAGAUGCCAACAACAUGGCUCCACCGGUGACGCUUAACGUUGUCAGUGAUGAAGCUGUUUUGCAUUUGCAAACUAGCGAGAAUGAGGGAGAGCGGGUUAGCGUUACAUCCAGAUCGGAGCUCUCGGACAAUACCUCCUUGGCCCUUGACCCCACUAGUGUCCCUGGCCUGCUUCCUGUGCCUACCUGUGCAGAUCACGGUGACGAUGACAAUGACCCAAUGACCCUGACGUGCCCUGUGUGCUGUCUGCCGCAGAGCACGCGAGACCUGGCCGUCUUCAACCGGCACGUGGACGAGUGUCUGAACCGCGAGGCACUGGAGGAGCUGCGAGGAGGAGACCCUACCAUCACUACCACCACAAGCAUCACCACCUCCUGCACACAAGGCACCGCACCCUUCACUAACCAGCCCCAAGGUAGAGGUCAACCUAUUCAGAAAAGGGCAAAUUCCAGGGGGAAGAGCAAAAGGUCAGGAUCUCCCCCGUCUCAGCCCUCUAAGAAGAGCAAAGUGUCGGCCGCUGCCGCUGCUGCUUCCAAGAACACCAUCGACCGCUUCUUCAGAUGACAAGGGCUCUGACGGACUGAGGCCAGAGCAGCAAUAGGAGAAGUCUUAAGUCGUGAUGGACGCCCAGCU